UUGGAUCCAGAGAUCAGUCUGCACUCAGCAGCAGGCCGGACAACACGAAGUCGUGAUGACUGCCGGAUUCGAUCCUGCCUGAAUGAACACGUGGUUUCUUGAUUUUUAAAAAGACAUUUUAAUACCAGAAAGUGAACAUUACAUCCUUAACUUCAUGAUUUGGUCAAUUUUUUCCAGAUCCACUCGCACAUGGAUCAUCGCCUUACUUCUUCAUUUAAACGUUUGCUUGGGAGUGGAGAUCCGGAGACUCUCUGUCCCCCGCUGGGUUGAAAAUGGCACUGAAAGUUAUGUUACUCUAGACUGUGAAUACGUAUAUAAUGAGAACGACAUUCGUCUGGUAGUCAAGUGGUUUUUUGAAGAAAAUCUUGAACCCAUUUACCAGUGGAUUCCAGAAUUAGGUGUUCGGCACACUUCAGGAAUACUGCGUAAUCGCCUGGAUUUAAACUACACUGUCAUGACAAUGGAUGCGUACUCUAAAUACAGAGCACUAAAGAUAUCCCAGCCUUCCACUGAGCUAAGUGGGAAGUAUACUUGCCUGGUAACAUCUCUGGCCGGACAAGAUUCAAGAGCUCAGCUGAUGACAGUAUUUGUUCCAGCACAAACGAUGGACGUAAAGUACCACACGUCUCCUCAGCAUCUAAACGUCAGUUGUGAAGCUACCGGCCUGUUUCCCAAGCCCAAGCUGCACCUGUACAGACUUGUGCAGAGGACGCCGACAUUUGUGAAAGAUGCGCAUUUAUCGACGACGAACUCCAAAGACGUCUACAAUGCUUCCCUCUUUAGAAACUUCGAGAACGAAGAACUUAGCAACCCUAGAACAUCCGGAUUUGAGUGCGUUGUAGAAAUUCCCGGUACGAAUUACCAAAGAAGAAAACGUGUGGCCUACUAUGCAGGUACGUCCCAAAUGUAGCAAACAGACAACAAAGCCGGCACAUAUCGAGAUGCGUAUCACUUAUAUUAAUAUUAUAUACAGUUUUGCUGUUUCUCACAUAGGAACUCUAGCAAAUCAUUAACCAACUUUAAUUGAUGAUGGGACUGAAGAAGGUUCUUGGGAUCCAUCAGUGUACUUAGCUGAAUCCAGCUGACUGUGACAUUUACCCCAUUUAUUCCUGCUUCAUCAUUUUGAGUAUUCUCAUCUGCUUCCAUUGUAUGUUACCAUUGUUGAUACUUGUUUGUUUGUAUAUAGAUGUGAUGCUGUUUAA